AUGUGGGAGGACUCGCACAACAUCUUAGGCGGCAAAUGGAGUCUCGAGUUCCCGAAGUCGGCCCACAAGCAGACGGACCCGCGUUUGGAUGAAGUUUGGCUGGAAGUGCUGUUGUGUCUCAUCGGCGAGGGAUUCAACGAAUUCGGUCAAGAGAUCUGCGGCGCUGUCGUCAACAUCCGCUCCAAAGGGGACCGCAUCUCCGUCUGGACGGCCGACGCAAACAAGUCUGUGGCGAACCUCAGGAUCGGAGAGAUUCUCAAAAUGCGGACCCGAUAUGAGCGACAACUCAAAUACGAGGCCCACGAGACCAGUCAGCGCAUCGCCAAACACAAGGAACACCUCUACACUCUCCUCGCCUCCCGUCCCCCCAAUCAUAAGCCCACCCGACGCUCCUGUGUCUUCUGA